UAGCGGGGCAGGGCCAGGCUGCCGCCGUCCGCUCCCGCUCCUACGUUCCUCCACAGUCCACUGUCCCAAGAUCCGGCCCCCGCUGCCCAGGAAAAGUGAACCACCAUAUACCCCUCCAUUCUUGUAAGAGGGCAUGGCCAGAAGCAUGUGGUGUGUCCUGCAAGGCUGGAGGCGAGGACAUCUGAGCCCCUGGGGAGCCCGUGGACAGCAGUGGCUCCUAGGAAUCCGUGCUCUGGCCAGUGUGGCCUCCAGGAGCGGGGCCGAAUACAGUCACGUGGUGGUGGGUGCAGGCUCAGCGGGCUGUGUGUUGGCCAGUCGGCUCACUGAGGACCCUGAUAAGCAUGUGCUGCUGCUGGAGGCUGGGCCCAAGGACAUGUAUGCAGGGAGCAAACGGCUCUCAUGGAAGAUCCACAUGCCCGCGGCCCUCGUAGCCAACCUGUGCGAUGACAGGUACAACUGGUACUACCACACUGAGCCCCAGGCAGGCCUGGAUGGCCGUGUGCUAUAUUGGCCGCGGGGCCGGGUGUGGGGCGGCUCCUCGUCCCUCAACGCCAUGGUCUACAUCCGCGGGCACGCCGAGGACUACAACCGCUGGCACCGACAGGGCGCCGUGGACUGGGACUAUGCACACUGCCUGCCCUACUUCCGCAAGGCACAGUGCCAUGAGCUGGGUGCCAACAGGUACCGUGGCGGCGAAGGCCCGCUGCACGUGUCGCGGGGCAAGACCAACCACCUGCUGCACCAGGCAUUCUUGCAGGCGGCACAGCAGGCCGGCUACCCCCUCACCGAGGACAUGAAUGGAUUCCAGCAAGAAGGCUUCGGCUGGAUGGACAUGACCAUCCACAAAGGCCAGCGCUGGAGCACAGCCUGCGCAUACCUGCACCCAGCACUGAGCCGCCCCAACCUCACGGCGGAGGCCCGGACGCUUGUGAACAGGGUGCUGUUUGAGGGCACCCGCGCCGUGGGUGUGGAGUACGUCAAGAACGGCCAGAGCCACAGGGCUUAUGUCAGCGAGGAGGUGAUUCUGAGUGGAGGCGCCAUCAACUCACCGCAGCUGCUCAUGCUCUCAGGCAUCGGCAAUGCGGACGACCUCAAGAAACUGGGCAUCCCCUUGGUGUGCCACCUUCCGGGAGUUGGCCAAAACCUGCAAGACCACCUGGAGAUAUAUGUCCAGCAGGCCUGCACCCGUCCCAUCACCCUCCACACGGCACAGAAGCCCCUGAGGAAGGUCCGGAUUGGUCUGGAGUGGCUCUGGAAGUUCACAGGGGAUGGAGCCACAGCCCACCUGGAAACAGGUGGGUUCAUCCGGAGCCAGCCUGGGGUCCCCCACCCAGACAUCCAGUUCCACUUCCUACCAUCCCAAGUGAUCGACCACGGGCGUGUCCCCACCCAGCAGGAGGCUUACCAGGUGCAUGUGGGGACCAUGCGGGGCACGAGUGUGGGCUGGCUCAAACUGAGGAGCGCCAACCCCCAGGACCACCCUGUGCUGCAGCCCAACUACUUGUCAACAGAAACCGACAUUACUGACUUCCGUAGGUGUGUGAAGCUGACCAGAGAAAUUUUUGCACAGGAAGCCCUGGCUCCGUUCCGGGGGAAAGAGCUCCAGCCAGGAAGCCACGUCCAGUCAGAUAAGGAAAUAGAUGCCUUUGUGCGGGCGAAGGCCGACAGCGCUUACCACCCCUCGUGCACCUGUAAGAUGGGCCGACCCUCCGACCCCACUGCCGUGGUGGACCCACAGACCAGGGUGAUUGGGGUGGAAAACCUCAGGGUGGUCGACGCCUCCAUCAUGCCCAGCGUGGUCAGCGGCAACCUGAACGCCCCCACAAUCAUGAUUGCAGAGAAAGCAGCCGACAUCAUUAGGGGGCAGCCUGCACUCUGGGACAAGGAUGUUCCUGUGUAUAAACCCGAGACCCUGACCACCCAGCGCUGAGGCAGUCACUGCCUGAUAAGCCCCCUGACGAGCCUGGAGGGCCCGCACAGCCCUUGUCCAAACGCCCUUUCCUAAAACUAUAAGUUUAGGAUCCAAUGGUAGAGACUUGGGUCAUUUCUUAAGAAACAAAAUCAGUACUGGUCGGUGAGUCAGGUUCCUUUUCCCUCGGAUUUUCCUGCGGGCCCUUUGGGGAAGGCAAGGCCAGUGGAGGACAGGUAACUCCUACCAGGUCUUGUGUUAUUCCGCGGCGCUCUCCAACCCAGAGUUCCGAUGCCCACCUUGUCCUGGUUGGACCUGAGGGAAGAGCUUCUCUCCCAGAUCUCCCUCUGAAGGCAAGCCCCACAAAGAGCAGGGUGCUAUGCACAGAGGCUGGGUGCUGCCUUCUCUAAGGGGGCAUCCUCCACCUCAGGCUGCAAGCUGUAGCUGAGGCCACGAGAGACGCCAUAGUUAAGGAACACAGCCGGGAUGUGUGCCUAAGCCUCCGGCGUCUUGUUCAGAGAGGGAGCUGCCUGCAAGGACACACAGGCCUCUCCUGGCUCCUCUGCUUCCUGACCUCACUCCCAGAGUGCAGCAGGAGCUGGUGCUCACUGGGGCAUUCUGAGUGGCCUGUGGCCCACCUGCCUGAUGCUCUGGUUUAUGCCAAACACCAUCAGCCUGAGAAGAUUUCUGAACCUUGUUCAAGGAGAGAAUGGUCUGGAAGGACUCUUCACGACUACAGGGUUCACAAUUUCCCAUUUUAAAAGGAAGCCUGAAACCCAGCACAAACCCCACAUACCAGAUCACUGCUCCACACCAAAGCAGCCAGCCCAAGAACACCCUUCCCCCUCAGCCCGGGGAAACAACUCAGCGCUGGACAAGGCUGGCUGAUUUUUAUUCUGCAGAUGUCCAUGGGAACAGACCAGGAUGGAGCCAAACCCGACGCGGAAGGCAGUCAAGUAAAAUGUGCUGCCCGAUCCUGUAAAAAUGCAACAGAGAAAAACUGUCAGAUUUGAGUUGGGGGUGGGGUGGAGAGAAAAACCACAUAGAAGUAGCAUUCAGAACAGUUCUUUGAUCUUUGAACUUCUUACAAUUAAAUAGUGUAAUCCAGUCAUUUAUUUUUGACUGGAAAUGCCUUAUCCAGAUGGUUCUUACAAGGUAAUGAAAACGAAAUGCAUUUUGGAUUGAUUUUUUAAGCUAUCCAAAGCCACCAUCUAUGGCAGGGAACAAAAGAACUGCUGUGUGGACACCUGCCACACCAUCUCAGAAGGCGAGGGCUGUCGUCUCAGGAAGCCAGAGAGGAGGAGCGGGGCCUGCUGGAGUUGCGGGGCGGGGAGGACCCACAGUUAGGCUGCCCGCACAGACAUGGGGCCAGCACCCAGCUUCUCGAGGAGUCGGACAGACUGUCACUGAAACCUGUGAGCAAGAGCUUGCAGUCCCUGCACAAUGAAAGAAUCUACGAAAAGUGGUUUCAAAAGCAUAACAGGAAGCUGUGUAUGUGCCCGGUGGUCAGGCUCUGAGGAGCACUGACGCCUGUGUUUGGGCCGAUGUAGCACCAGCAGAAGGGUCUUCCUGACAACGAGGGACGGGACGCUUGGGUGCAGCAGCUGCGUCCCCAGGGAACGGCGGGUCCCGGAAGAAGGAACUCUGGCACCGUGACUACAUGCUUUCUGUUUCCAGUGCAGGCAGCAGGACUCAUCAUUUCCAUAAAUUCAAAUGGACUCUUCUUUCCAGCCAAACCACAGUCUUCCACCCAAAGGUCAUUUCCUAUUUCCGCUGAGUCCACUUACCAGAUCUGAUACCUACAUUGCUUCUCUUAAAAAUCAUGAAGAAAACCACACCGCCUCUCCGCUGGCCCUGUGUUGAGACCCAGGCAGGCUUCCCAUAUUGUCCCCGGUCACCAUCCUGAAGACCGUGCUCACCUUGUUCCUGUGUUGGAAGCAAGGGGCCCAGCCUGCUCCUCAUUCUCACCUGUCCUUUAAAGUUUCCAGUAUACAAGGAAUAUAAUUUGAGAGAAAAAAUUUUUCCAUGAAUGAAAGUGUAGCUGGAGACUCUGUUGAGUUGGGGCAGUCUGAUACCGGACCAGAGCUAUUGCGUGAUGAUACCUCUAUUGCUAACUGUUUUUAGAACAAACUGCCCAUAUAAAAAUAAAAAGCUUUGUAGAAAAGACAAUUGGAAAAGGCACCUUUGACCACAGUAUAGCCUGUGAAAAAAAAACCCAUGACAUAAACUGCCCCGGUUUCUUUCACAUGCGUGGGGUCGGCAGUAGAGAGGGCCCGUCCAGUAGGCCGAGCCCACUGCGCACCAAGAGACACUCCAGGGGCCCUGACAACCCACCCUUCCUGGGCUCGCACUGAUGCCGAAACACCUCGGAAUGGAGCUGGGGAGCGCGGCCGGGCCAAGUCUGGAUGGAAAUCACAGAGACGGUUAUUAAUGAGGAAAUCUUGUUCACUAAGAGUUAAAUCAGAGCUGCCAUGUCCACUUUGUGAUAUGAAAAACAGAUUACAGUAACUAACUGUACUAUUCCCGGAGACACAACAAAAUGACAUUUUUGAGGGAGUGGAAGGAACCAAAAGGAAAGACAUUUCAUCGUCAACACUUUCCUAAAACCAAGAAAGAAACCAUGCUCUACAACUUCAAAUUUUUCUUACAAAGAAAAAUUUAAUGUUAGAUGAUAGGUUGAACCAGGCUUAAAGCGGACAGAUAGUAGGAGUGGUGCAGCCUAUAAAAAUGCCAGUGUUUAAGUACUGACUGGAAAACAGCAUUGCCUGUACCAGGAAAGUCAGCCCUGGCAGGCGGUUGGAUCGGCGAUGUUAAGCCACACAGUAAGACCAAUACCUAAGAGAGAAACAGAGUCCGAGGUGAUGGUCACAGUGGUUUAGCCCUUUAGGAGAAACAGUGCUCUCUGCAGCUGGUGUAAAGUUGCCAUAGGCAUCGAAGGAGCCACGAGAAUAAGAAAAAAUCUACACAAUCACAGAACUGCCCUCACAGAGUGCCCGCCCUUCCAAGGCUCUCACCGGCAAAUGCCAACACUUUGCAAGGAGAGCGCCCAAAUACAAUAAAAUUAUUACACAGCUUUAUUCUGAAGAACAUUUUACAUUUUAAUAGAAAAGAACUUACGUCAGGAAAUAGUCAUUUACAAACCUUGAAGAGUUUUUGCCUGGACCUGGAGUAAGAAUAUCUUAAGAAGAGGUUUGUAAGGUCUUCAUAACAAAGUAUUGUUAUUUACAAAAAAAAACAAACAAAACCA